AGUUUGCCGGUGUACUUGUUCUCGAAUGGAUUGUGAAAGUGUUUUUUACAUAUUUUGCCGAUGCACUCGACGACGACGUGGUUAAGAUGAAGUUACAUUGUUUCGCCGGUUUCUGGACCCGCAGAACCAUCGGAGAAGAGGAUCAGAUUUCGACCUCCUCUUCGCCUUGGAUUAUAAGCGGCGUCGACCAGGACAAAGUCAAAGUGCUACAACCACAAUCGCUUAUGGCGAAACAGACAGAAGAUCUUCGAGGUGUAGUUAAAAGUAAAUCUGAUAAGCAUAGGAACUACUUUAAAAGCUUGGUGGGUACCUGUAACGGUGACCAGCCAAUUAUACAAGGUAAUACACAGAUGGCGCAACCUAAGCAGGUAGCUAAUAAUAUACAAGACACUGAUAUAAAAAUUAAAAAUGAAAGUAAACGGCAAAGACGCUUGGGGGUCUACGAACGAGAGGCUUUUGAUAACAAAACUCAUCAAGAAGAAAUAAUUUUCAAAAGCGUCAAACAAUUAAGAAAUCAAUACCUUGCAAUGUUAGACGAUAAGACAAUAGUAGAACAAAAACCCAAAGAAUUACUAGCAUUACCGCCUCAAAGCGAUUAUGCUAGUUCUUCGGGUACAAGUGACGACGAAAAGACUACCUGGCAUCGAAAACAUAAAGUUACUCGAUGCGGAAGUUCAGAUUCGGCCAUGGGCCAAAGUGACGACGAACCCCAAAUUAGUCCUUAUAGUCCUAGAGGGUCGAUAGAUCAUUCAAAUGUGCCAAGUAAGAUAAUAAUCCAAGCUCAAACAGUUUUAUGUCCUGUCGAUAGGAAGUCCAGCAUCAGCAUGGACUGCGUUAGCGAGGAUAAUGAUUUCGACAGUAGAAGGCAAAGUUGUUUUACGGACGAUGGAGAUGAGGUACCGCGCUAUCGUUACUGGCGUACGCCUUCGGUAGUGGUCAGUGAUUAUUCGGACGAUAUUAUGGGAUUGACCCUCGAAGAUAUCGAAUAUAUUAGGAGUCGGAAGGAGGCUUCUUCGAGUACCGAUUCGAGUUUGCACAGCUCUUGCAGUAAUUUGAAUUAUUGCGGUUCGACUAUAAGUGGACUCGAUUCGGAGUUUGUUCUUACGAAACCUUAUCGGAAAUCUUCGAAUUGUUCUACUUGUUCUACUCUGAGCGGCGAUGAGGAUCAGGAAACGAAUUUCGAAUCUUCGACGGCGAAAUCGACGUUGCGACCUGCUGGAAGACCACGAGAGAUGGAGGUUUUGUUGACACCAAACAAACACAUGUCGAUAAAGAGAUGUACUUUGACGUCAAUGAUGACGUCGGUACUAACUCGCUUUUGGAGGUCGACGAGAUCAAAAACGCUGCAGUAUUGCCCGGCUGGCUUGCUGACUUUAUUUUUUAUUGCUAUCAUUAGAUAAUUAUUGUAUGGGAUGAUUUGUGGAUUUUUUUUUAAGAGAGUGCAAACCAUACAAAAUGCAAGCUUUAUAACGUACAUAAAAAUGACAGAGAUACAAAUACAGCAAUUGAGAAAUUGUAAUGAAUAAGUAUAUGAGUAAUAGUAUUUUACUUAUCUAUUGAGCUUUGCAUAGGCUCAACAGCUUGUUGAAAGUCUCAUGAUUGAAUCAGG